AUGUACCACUUCGGCGGCCCUUCUCGGAGUCACUCACGUGAUUGGUGUCGUUCGGGCCACUUGUUUGUUCUGCUCUUAGUGCAUCAACGUUCAACAAAAAAUAACGAAUUCCUGUCGGCGCGAUCCAAGCGCAAAGCCGAGGAAGAAUAUAAAAUUCUUAACCAGGCCGGAAUGGAUGCUCAAUUCGAUGAAGAUUGUCAACUGAGUCAGUUUUGGUACAGCGAUGUUGUGCAUAAGCUAUUGGCGGAACAAAAGCCUGACUUGAGAGAUUUUCAUAUUGCUCUCCUAUCAUGUCCAUCACUUUACAAGGACAUAAGAAACAUCCAUGACAAUGUCCGCAUCUUUGAGUACGAUCCAAGACUUGGAGCCUACGGCACGGACUUUGUGCUCUACGACCUAAACUGCGUAGGAGGCAACCCGAACUACCUCAAAGAGCAUCACCACCAGUAUGACCUAAUCGUUGCCGAUCCGCCCUUCCUGUCUCAGGAGUACAGUGUAAUCACCAAGCUGCAGCGGAACCCGUCUGAGUGCAAGAAGGGAGAGGUGGCGGAGUGCGCCUUCCGACCGGAACACGAGCGUAAUCUGGGAAACUCGUUCGUGAGCUACGCUAAUUUCAAUUUAGACGAAUAUGUUGAAAAUAAAUAAGCAAUUGCAUUGAGGUAUAAA